AUGUCGGUAACAUCUCGAAACGCCAACCCCCAGGGGAAUGGAGUGGAUGCACCCACCAGAGACAUUAUCGCACCUCACCAAUUGAUCCAAAGUACAUAUCUGCGUCUGCAGCAUCGAUAUUUAAAGCAUUUAUGUGAGAAUUGGAUCGAGAAGAUGGAGCCGGUGAAGCAUAUCCAUGAUGACCUGGCCAUCGCUGCAUUGCUGAUUGAGCUAUGGCGCAACAUGUACGGAGCAGUGCCAGAGACCGAGACCACCAAAGAACAGCAGAUCAACGCUCAAUUCCCUGGAUUCAUUGAUAUUGCCUGUGGGAAUGGCGUGGUUGUAUACGUGCUUCUCAUGGAAGGCUAUUCAGGCUGUGGAUACGAUGCUCGUCGUCGCCAAACGUGGAGCAUUUUCCCAGCAUCGGUGCAGGAGCGACUGAUUGAGAAAACAUACAUCCCCAAACCAUUCGCCGACACCAUGGAUACCAAGGACGUGGGCAUGACCAUUUAUUUUGGGGACUUCCAGCCUGACACGUUCAUCAUCUCUAACCAUGCCGACGAAUUGACAGUGUGGACACCACUUAUGUCCGCCCUUGCUUGUCCAUCCUCCCCACUGCCAUUCCUUGCUAUACCAUGUUGCUCCCAUUCGCUCUCAGGAUCCAGCUAUCGCUAUCCUCCACCGAAUGAAACCCGCACAGAAACCUCAACACAACCCCAUGAUGUCAUCGAACAAAACCCACAGCCCGCAUCAGGAGAUCUCAGAGCCAUGAGAGCAGCAAAAGCAAAAGAAAAAACCACAGAUGGCAUAAUUAGUUCAAUGUACGGCUCGCUGACCGCAAAGACCAUGCAAAUCGCCCAGGAAAUCGGCUAUGAAGUCGAAUCAACCCAGCUUCAAAUUUCCAGUACCCGCAAUAUGGCAAUAGUGGGGGGGCGGCAACUAGUGACAUGCCAACGGAAAGCAGGGAUUCGAGACGAGAAUUCGGCCCCCGCAUCGGUGGAUCCUCAAGCAAAAUACAAUGCGGAGUUAAUCCAAAAGACCAAGGAAAUUAUCGAGCGUGAAUGCGUCAAAGAUGGAGGCAUUCCUGCUGCCGCACGGACUUGGAUUGAACGCGCUCGGAGCCUUCACGAAGGAACUCAAAUGGGAGACCAUAGACUAAUGCCGCCAAAGAUCAGCGCCUGA